CGUCCUGUCCUCUCUGUGUCUGUGUCCUGGAUCAGUCCUGGGGCCUCUGUCUCUCUGAGCUGUGCUGUGACAGCGCCCUCUGCAGGAUGGAGCUUUCACUGGUACAGGGCUGUUCCUCACUCACAGUCUUACACAUAUGAGCGGCUCCCAGGGGCCAGUGCCGCCUCUAAACAGGACUCCUUCAGCCUCCAGGGCCUCAACCACUCAGCAACGUUUGUGUGUCAAACAGAGAGAGGAAGUCCCUCCUUCUACUCUGAACACAGUGACCCCUCCUUUGUCUGGUCUGGAGAGGCUGAGUCUCCAGUGUUCUCUCUCGGUCAGUCCUGACAGAGCACAGCACUUCACUUAUGAUGUCAUCACUCUGAGUUGUGGGUUCAAUUCCACUGGAGCAGACAGCACAGUCUGGAGGAGGUUUUCUGAUAACACAUUAUCAUCACAACAGUGUCAUUGGAGUAAAGACAAGUCUAAAUGUGAGUUUUAUUUACCUGAGAAAACCAGUGCAGUGUUUUGGUGUGAGUCUGGAUCAGGAGAAAUGAGCAACGCCCUCAACAUCUCAGUCCACAGAGACAUCAUUCUUAUGAGUCCAGUGAGAGCAGUGACUGAGGGACAGUCUGUGUCUCUCAGCUGUAAACUCAAGAAAGGGAUUUUUACUUCAGUCCAAUUUUAUAAAAAUGGAAAAAUGAUUCAAAAUGGAACUGAACCAGAGCUCAACAUCACUGCAGUGUCCAGGUCUGAUGAAGGCUUUUAUAAAUGUGAGGGACAAUGGAAACUAUGGCCGCGGUCAAAACCAAACACUGUUAUAUCUCCAGAGAGUUGGAUGUCAAUUAAAAGUGCACCCAAAGGUGAGCUCUCUUCUCUUCUCUUUCCUGUGAUGUGGGUGGUUGGACCUGUGUGUGCAGUGGUUUUACUCAUGAUACUGCUGCUUUUGUGUCAUUUUUUAAAGAGAAAAGACCUGUGCACUCUGAGGACUCAAAGAACCAAUCAGAGCUCUGCUGAAGAUCAUGUGACCAGCAAUGACCACACCUCCCCAUCAAAUGCCAUUUAUUCCCUGCUUGAACUAAAAUAUGUGAGAGGGAGGAACAACCCCCCACAAGACGAGAGCUGUGUUUAUUCUAAUAUUCGUCCACACUCUUCAGGUGAAAAUGUGACACAUGCCCAAGUAAACCAUCAUAAAAAGAAACAGAAUAAAGCAGAAAACACCUUGGAUGACAACAUCUACUCUCACAUCAACCACCAAUGAUUUCUUAAGGAUGAAUACAACUUUUUAAUGCAUUUGUAGAUGUUUAAUAUUGUUUCAUGAAAUGUAUUUGUGUGUGCACAUUUAUUUCAUUAUUUUAUUUUUUUUGU